AUGGGAUUAAAGAGAUCUGUAAAAAAGUUAGAUAUUUUUGGUAAACCUGUUUAAUUGAGAUUAGAGAAAAGAAAAGUUCAUAAAACCUUAUGCGGUGGAAUAGUAACCCUCUUUAUAAUUAUAUCUGUAGUAUUGAUUACAAUCUACUAUGGGCUUAAACUUUACUACAAAUAGAAUCCAGCAAUAGAUUAAAUAAAUACCAUCAAUUCAGGACAAAUUAUAUAAGCUUAAUCCUUUAAGUUUGGAUUUGCUAUUAAUAUAUUUAGCAAGGAUCAUCUAAGUUAGGCUAAUUAAGGAGUUUUUUAGAUAAAUGAGCAACUCUUUAGUAAUUAAUCUUCAACAUUAAUUAACAAAGGGUUUAGCGCAAAAGCUUUCUAUUCAACCAGAGUAAAAAUUAACUAAUCUGAUUAUGAAGAAAAAUAAUUUGAAAUACCUUUAAUGCCUUGCUCUAGCAAUGAAUAAUUUUUAAAGUAUUGGGAUAAAGUUUUUGCACUACCUGAUAACAAAAAAGAAGAGUAUUUAUGUCCAUUUUUUUAAGACUCAUUAUCAGAUCUUAUAACUAUAUAAGGUGGUAUCAGUUAAGAAACGGCAAAAUAGAUAUCAAUAAUAGUGGAAAUAUAAGAUGAAAUAAAGUAAAACAGCAAUUGGAAGGAUAUGCUUACUAAUUCUCUUGUUGUCUUGAAAGUACUUGAUGAGAUGGCUUUUCUUGAAUCAUACGAAAACCCUGUAUAAACAUACUCUAGAACUAUAAUUGAUUGGAUAGAUCUAGAUAAAAUAAAAUUCAUUUAGUUAAAGCAUAAUUAGUAACUAAUAUCUACAGAUAAAGGUAUCUAUUUUAGUGAUAACUAAGACCAAUACCUUAAGAGUAUAAGCGAUAUUUGUUAUUUCAAUAAAAAAAAUGACUUGAGCAGUAGCUCCUAGGUAUUGAAUAUCUUCACUUAAGUUAAUUAAACUAAGCAGGUUUUUAUGAGAAGUUAUUUUAAAGCAUCUGUAAUGUUAGCGUAUAUUGGAGGCUUUUUGCAGUUGACUUUAAUUUUAGGAAAGUCAAUAACAAAGCCUUUUUCAAAACUCUCAUUUUAUACAUCGCUUGUAAACGAGGUAUUUUAGUUUGAAGAUGAUAAGUAAAAAGAUUAACAAGAAGAAUACAAAUUAAAUGAAACUGAGCAAAAACCCUUUCAAUAGUCAACUUGCAUAUAGCAAACUACAACAGCAAUUGAUGAAACAGCAAAUAAAAACGCCAAUCAAUCUAUAUUAAAAAGUAGAUCAUUAUUUUUUCCAAACAGCCAAAAAAAAGAUUCAAUUGAUACUAGCUAAGAAAUAACAUAAUAGGCUUAAGAACCAAUUACUUCACCAAAUAUUUUACAUAUUAAAAACUCUAGAAACUCUUAUAUGUAUUCAAAAAAUAACGAAGACGAAAAUGCUAAAAAGACCUAAGGGACAGAUAGUAAAAAAAAUUCUGUGUAUUCUAUGCAUGUUUCUGAGUUAAAUACUCCGAUUUAAAUCAAAAAGAAAAGCCUUUUUAAAAACUAAAAUCUCUUAUAAAAUUUUAGAGAGUAUUUUGAGGCAGAUAGACUUGAAAAGAGAUUAAUAAUAAGUGUUAAAAUCGUCUUGGUUGAGUUCUUUUAGAAAAUAUGGAUUUUUAUAAAGCUGAUAUGCUCAAAAGAUAAAAUUAAAAAUAAUAAGCACUUUUAUACAGCAAUAGAGAAACUAAAAUUUUCAAAAAAUAAGGUGAAUGAAAGACUUGAUAUUAUCUACAUAGUGUAGAAACUUUAAGAGAUUGAUAAACUUAAGUAGAUUGUUCUCGACAAAAAUCAAAGAAAGCUGUUUGAAUAUCUUCCAAGACCUGUCCUUAAAAAUGAAUACAUAUUCUAAAAAGCUCCUACAUAAAAAAUGAAAUCUUAUUCUAAGACAUAAGAGUGGUCAAUUCUUAAAUAAGAAGAAAGUAUCUAAUAAAAAGCCAUUAAAGCUUGGAUAGCUUUUACAGAAAUAAGCAAUAAAGAGUGUUUGGAAAGAAAAGAUAGGAAAGUGAUUAGGUUGCUUGAUGUUAAAGCAAAAAAUAUUUUUGAAAUUACAUCAAAGAAGAUUCAUGAAGAACUAUUUGAUCAGCAAUCAAACAAUAUAAAGAUAAAGGGAUUAUGCAAUGCAUAUGGUUAAAACUAUCAAACAAACGAAAGUGUGAAUAUAUCAAGAAAGAACUCACUGUAAUAAACGUUUGGACAAAGAAAGUCAAAAAAUUUAAUACAGUUUAUUAAUGUUCAAACAUCUGGGAAAAGGAACUCUUCAUCGAAAGGUAGUAUUAAAAAGAAAGCAAGUUUAAGAGAUAUGCAGAUUGAACAAUUUGUGUCAGUGAAUUGUUUAGAACAAACAUAGAAAAGCUGUGAAUUUUAAGAGAUCUAGUAAAAAUAAUAAUCAUAAACAGUUAAUCAAAUUAAAGAAUCUAAAUCUGUUACUCAUGCUUCUUAAUAAUCAUCUGACUCUUCAUUUUCUUCAUCUGAGUCUUCUUCAAAUUCUAACUUGUCAGACUCAUCUGUCUAAUGUCAUAGCUAAUUAGACACAGUCUAUCAAAAUAAACAUGCCACUAUCAAACAAACAAAUUUUAAAGAACAAAGUGAAUUUUAAAAACAAAACAAUCUUAAAAUAGAAUUAAAUGAAAUUCCUGAAAACAUUGAAAAAUCCUAUCGUAAUUCUUAGGACAAUACAGUAAACAAGAGUUCUGUCGAACAAAAUUCUUAUUUUAAUGAUAAUUCAAAUAAAGAUAAAUAGUAGUGUUAAUAUAUUUAAUCAUUCCAAGCAAACAUAAGUUUAGAUUAAGCAAAAUUAAAUGUCAAAAAUGCCUAAAACUAAGAUUUAAAUUCAAAGGAAGCAAUCAAAAGAGGCUCUCAAACUGAAAAAUUUCAGGAUAAAAAAUUUAAUUUAUUUAAUGCUUACUUCAAUCAGGUUAAAAAUUAAGAUGACCAACAUAUCGAAUAGAUAAAAUUGAAAAAUUCAUAAUAAGGACCAUUAAAUUUGUAACCUAUUCUAUACUAAGGUUAGAUGAAUAAUUUGCUUGCUAGUUAGAAAAGUCCAACAACACCAUAAAUGCUAUAACCUUUUAGUUAAUUUAAGAAUGAAGAUGAUAAUUUAAAAAAAUAAAACAAGGAAGACUUAUCAAAUAAUUUGAAUGUUUAAAAGUAUAAAAGCUUCAUAAGAAAAAGAAAUAAUUACUUAAAUAAUUAGUAAUUUACUACACCUUAGUACUUCCAAAAAAGAAAAACUUAAGAAGAUUAUUCAGAUAUUUAUAACAGUGCUUCCUUCACAUAAUUUAUGAAAAAGAUAACUCCUAUUAUUGCUAUAAAUAAAGUAGAAAAUUGUGAUGAUCAGUGA